AUGGUCGAAAACGUGCUCGACGAUAUCUCGCACCGGAGAUUCAAUCCUCUCCGCGGCUCAUACAUUCUGGUUUCUCCUCACCGAACCAAGAGACCAUGGCAAGGACAACAAGAAUCGCCAUCCAAAACAACCCUCCCUGAAUAUGAUCCAGCAUGCUACCUCUGCCCUGGAAACACUCGCGCUCAGGGCGACGCCAACCCGCAGUACAAAAACACCUUUGUCUUUGUCAAUGACUACAGUGCCGUCAAGGAGGAGCAGGCCGACUACCAGCCCGAGGACAAGGGAGCAGAAUCGUUCUUCCUCCGCGCCGAACCCGUCGUCGGUAAAUGCUACGUUCUCACCUUCUCCGCCGCCCACAACAAAACCCUCGCCGAUUUGUCUGCGCCCGAAAUCGUCCCCGUGAUCGACGCCUGGACAGAAAUCUAUGCCUCCCACUUAUCCCCUAAGAAUCCCCUGGCGGCCGUUGCGCCAGCCACACACCUACCCCCCGACGCACCCACUACGAGCUUGACAAAACCCAAAUCGCAAUACCGGUACAUGCAAAUCUUUGAGAACAAAGGCGCAGCUAUGGGAUGCUCAAAUCCACAUCCGCAUGGCCAGGUGUGGACAACCAGCAGUCUCCCCGAAGAACCAGCCAUUGAACUCGAGCAACUCCAAAAGUAUCGCGSGAGCCACAGCGGUAGCCAUUUGUUAGGUGACUACGUUGCCCUCGAGCGCCAAAAACAAGAGCGCAUCGUCUUUGAGAACGAUGGCUUUGUAGUUGUGUGCCCUUGGUGGGCGACAUGGCCGUUUGAGACUAUGAUCAUCUCCAAAUCGCACAAGCGCGCGCUCGUCGAUUUGGAUGCCGCCGAAAAGCUGCAGUUGGCGGAAGCAAUUGCGGAGAUUACGCGAAGAUAUGAUAAUUUGUUCGAGACGCAUUUCCCGUAUAGUAUGGGUAUUCAUCAAGCGCCGCUGGAGGGGACGGAGGAAGAGGUUGAGGCGUCGUGGUUGCAUUUGCAUUUCUAUCCGCCGUUGUUGAGGAGCGCGACAGUGAGGAAGUUUCUUGUUGGGUACGAGCUGAUGGCUGAGCCUCAGCGCGACAUCACCCCCGAACAGGCGACAAUCAAGUUGCGCGCUUGUGGUGGAGAGUUGUAUAGGAAGAAGCUAUAG